UGCCACUCCGCGUGGGAGAUGCCUGCCAAGAAUGCGGUGCUGUGCAGGGGGAGGUUUGGGCGGCUGUGGCCAGCCUGGCUGGGGUGAUGGCCACGGAGCAGGAGCAGCUCCUGCUGGCCCCAGCAGCUGGCACUCCCUUUCCCAGGGCUGGCAUCCCCGUGGCCAGGAGAGGUUCCCAGGACAGGGGCACUUGUGAGCAGCAGAUCUGAUCUCGUCAAUCUGGAGUCACUGCCAUGGCUCCCAACAGCCCGGCGGUGACACCUCGGGUGACUCAGGGUCCCGGUGUGACUCAGGGCCACUCUCCGCCCUUGGGGGGGUGUCCUGCUUCCACCUGAGCCGCUCCAUCCCCGGGAUGAGAUCCACGCUGAGCCUUCCCCUGGGCCAGCCCCAGCCGCCCACGCAGGAUGCUCCUGAUUCACCUGCCACGCUCCUGGCAGCCGCGGCCACUCGCCCGAUCCCCUCCCGGGCCGUGGCACCAUGGACGUGCUGCUGCUCCACGGGCUGCUGCUCCUGCCCCUGGCAGCGCUGCUGCUCUACAGGUGCAGCCCCCCCUUCCAGUACCUCCUCAAGGUGGCCUUUUUCAACUGCUGGAUCGUGGCCAUGGCCACCCUGUUGUCCCCCUUCGCCGCCUUCCGGGGCCGCUCCGUGGAGAACAUGAAGAUCCUGCGCGCCGCGCUCCUGCCCCUCAAGCGCUUCUACGGCAUCAGGAUGCGGGUGAGCGGCUCCGAGCGGCUCCGGCUGCCCGGGCCCUUCGUGAUCGUCUGCAACCACCAGGCUUCCCUCGACCUCAUGGGAAUGGUGGAGAUCAUUCCUGAGCGCUGUGUGCCCAUCGCCAAGCGGGAGCUGCUCUACCUGGGCACCGUGGGCUGGGCCUGUUGGCUCAGUGGCAUCAUCUUCAUCGACCGCCACCGCAGGGACACGGCCAUCGAGGUCAUCUCCCACACUGCCAGCACCAUGCAGCGGGAGAACCUCCGAGUGUGGGUUUUCCCGGAGGGCACCAGGAACCCGGGCAGAUCCAUGCUGCCGUUCAAGCGGGGCGCUUUCCACCUGGCCGUGCAGGCCCAGGUCCCCAUUGUCCCCAUCGUGAUCUCCCCGUACUGGGACUUCUUCAGCCCCAAGGAGAAGAGGUUCACCUCCGGGACCUGCACCAUCCGAAUCCUCCCCAGCGUGGACACGCGGGGCCUGAGCCCAAAGGAUGUCCCCAAACUGACCGAGAGUGUCCGCCAGGCCAUGGCUGAGGCCCUGGCCGAGAUGUCCACGAGUGACCACAGGGACCAGGACAAGGAGCAGCCUCUGCUGGGGCCGGGGGCUGGCGGGGACAGGGGCAGCCCCCGGGGCCAGGGGGACACAGCCGGGAGCAGCAAUUAGGCAGAGGGAGCGAGUCCCUCGGGGACAGCAGGGAGGUGUCCCUUGUCCCCUGAGGAGGUGUCCUGCAGCCCUGCCACCGCCCCGGCAGGACGGGGCUCUAAGGGAGCAGAGCAGGGCGGGGACGGGACCAGGCAGCACCCCCAGAACAGAGCAAGGUGCCCCCCAAACCCCUCGCUGUGACAGUGCGUCCCCUGGCUGUCCCUCUGCCAGACCUGGGGCCGGGGCUGUCCCCUGGGAUGGCCCCUGCCUGCUCGCUGGGCGGGGCAGGGAUGCUCCAGGCAGGGCUGGGGGUCCCAGCCCCAUUUUCCACCCCUGAUUGUUGGGUUCCCCCAUGGAUUCUCCUUCCAGAGGCUCCUACAGGCUGGAAAUGCUGUUUGGGGCCAGCCAGCGCUGGGGAGGGGCCCGGAGUGUGUGGCCUGGGGGGGACACGAGGACCAGGGGGUGUUGCCGGGUGGGGAGAGUGUCCCCGGUGCUGAGCUGUGAGCCAGGGCUGGCAGAUUAAAGAGUCUGGAGCUGGCACCGUGUCCUGGCUGUGCUGAGGGGGCUGAGGGGGGGAUCCAUCACCUCAGGGAGGCUUCAUCCCUGCACAGGGAGCCACAUGGAGCAUCCCUGCACGGGGAGCAUCCCUGCACACGGAGCGUCCCUGCACGGGGAGCAUCCCUGCACACGGA